AUGUUUACCAGGGUGAAGCCUUCUGAUUUCCACAACCUGAACGUCAUCGGCAAAGGAAGCUUUGGGACGGUGGUGUUAGCGAGACACAGACAGAGUGGAAGUAUGUACGCUGUCAAGGUUCUACAGAAACAGGUCAUACUGAGGAAGAAAGAGCAGAGCCAUGUGAUGGUAGAGAGGAGUGUGUUGCUGAAGGGACUGCAGCGUCCAUUCCUGGUGGGGCUCCACUUCUCCUUCCAGACCUCUCACACUCUCUUCUUCGUACUGGACUACAUCAAUGGAGGAGAGUUGUUCUACCAUCUCCAGAGGGAGGGAGCUUUCCCGGAGCCCAGAGCAACAUUCUACUCUGCAGAGAUGGCCUCAGCCCUGGGCUACCUCCACUCCCUCAACAUAGUCUACAGAGACCUAAAGCCAGAGAACAUCCUAUUGGACAGUGGAGGUCAUGUGGUUCUGACGGAUUUCGGGCUGUGUAAAGAGGGCGUGUCUGUGGGUGGGACUAUGCAAACGUUCUGUGGAACCCCUGAGUAUCUGGCGCCAGCGGUGUUGUUAGGCCACACCUACAGUGGAGCCGUGGACUGGUGGGAGCUGGGGAAUGUACUUUAUGAGAUGCUUCAUGGACUGUCCCCGUUCUACAGUCGCAGUAAGGCCGAGAUGUUUGAGAACAUCCUUCACACCCCCCUGCAGCUCCAUAGAAGUGUGUCCCAGUCUGCCCGGUCUCUGCUGCAGGGCCUGCUGGAGAAAGACUGUACCAAACGCCUUGGGGGAGAACAUGACCUUGCUGUCCAGGGAUGACCUGCUAGCCAGGAAAGUCCCUCCCCCAUUCAUUCCCAACCUGGUGAGUGUGUUGUGUGGUAUUUUGACCCGGAGUUCACGCUUCUUCCAGUCCCCGCCUCCCUCGGUUUGAGUGACAUGUUGGAAGACGUGGC